AUACCCAUUCCAUUCCGAACACCAACCAAGGACAAUCAACAAUCCAAACUUUACAUUGUCUUCUUCUUCAUUAUCAUCAUCAUCAUCAUCUUCUUCUUCUUCUUCUUCUUCUUCUUCUUCUUCUUCUUCUUCUUCUUUCACUUUUUUUUUUUCCCCUUUUCUUUCUGAUGAUCCCCAUGCCAUAUUCUGUUUUUCUUUUGUCCCCUUUCUCCCACAAUUCAGAUCUAUCUUCUUCGUUAAUUUAAACUACCUCUUUUUCGCUUUUUUGCUUACUCUAUUACGUUUUCUCCUUUCUCUUCCUCUUCUUCCCUCAAAUGGGUACUGGUUGGAGGAAAGCGUUUUGUACUACCAUUUCUCGAGAUUCAGAAUCUAAUCAUGUUUCUGAGAAACAGAGGAGCUCUGCUACUCCUAAUCCCAGUCCUAGAAGCUGUGUUCGAUUGGGUUUCUUCAGUAACCCUUCUACUCCUCGGAUGCAAUCUCAUCAACCAUUGAGUAGUCCAGGUCUUCGUUGCCGUACUGCUCAAGAUGCCACUGUUAAUCAAAGUCCCACUCUUCAUUGCAAAACCUCAUCUUCCUCUUCAUCAACCCCUAAAUCUGCUAAAUCCCAACGAGGGAUUUUGGGUUCGAAUCCUUCUUCUCCUCGUUCCCCUCUUAAACUCUCUCUUUUCAAGAACAGCUUUAAGUUCAGAAGUAGCUGUGGAAUUUGUUUGAAUAGCGUGAAAACAGGGCAUGGGACGGCGAUUUACACGGCGGAAUGUGGGCAUGCGUUUCAUUUUCCUUGUAUUGCCGCUCAUGUCAGAAACCAUGCCUCUCUUGUUUGCCCUGUCUGCAACACCACAUGGAAGGACGUUCCUCUGCUCGCCGCCCAUAAGAAUUUGGGCCCAUUGACCCAACACGAUCCCAAACCCAAGAUUGAAGAUAAAACCAUGAUUGAAUCUUCCCCCAGAGCCGUUAAAACCAAACUAAACCCAAAAGAAAAGGAAUUGAGAUCCUAUGAUGACGAUGAGCCUCUUUUGUCUCCAACCUCUGGUGGCCGGAUUAUCCCAAUCCCUGAAGCCGACGAGAACCAAGACGAUGGGGAGGAAUUUCAAGGCUUUUUCGUUGACCCAAAGCCGCCUUCCAGUUCGGUUAAAUCUUCAAUUCAGAGGACCAAUGUACAGGUUCGACUCCUCCCUGAAACGGCGUUGAUUUCAUCUGGACACACCCACGAGACCUACGCAGUGGCUCUGAAAGUAAAAGCACCGCCGCCACAUCCGGCUAGAAACAGAGCAAAUGCCAAUUUAUUAGACCCAUCCCGCCGUGCGCCGAUUGAUUUAGUGACAGUGCUGGAUGUAAGCGGAAGCAUGACGGGGCCGAAAUUAAUGAUGCUGAAGCGUGCCAUGCGAUUGGUUAUUUCGUCGUUAGGCUCAUCGGACCGCCUCGCCAUCGUUGCUUUCUCUGCCACUCCUAAAAGGGUGUUGCCGUUGAGGAGAAUGACGGCUCAAGGCCAACGCGCUGCCCGGCACGUGAUUGACACUCUGGUCUGCAGCCAAGGAACGAGCGUGGGAGAGGCUUUGAGAAAAGCCACAAAAGUACUCGAGGACCGGCGAGAGAGAAACCCAGUAGCUAGCAUCAUGCUUUUGUCAGACGGCCAAGAUGAACGGAUCCAGUCAAAUCAACGGCAGGUGACACGACACGAGUCAUCUACACGGUUCGCCCACAUAGAAAUCCCGGUUCAUGCAUUUGGGUUCGGGAAGAGCGGUGGAUACUGUCAAGAACCGGCGGAGGACGCAUUUGCAAAAUGUGUAAGUGGAUUAUUAAGCGUGGUGGUUCAAGAUCUCCGUAUUCAACUCGGGUUCUCAACCGGUUCAUCUCCGGUUGUGAUCUCCGCUAUUUAUUCAUGUACCGGGAGGCCCACGGUUUGCAGUUUGGGUUCGGUCCGGCUUGGAGAUUUAUACGCCGAGGAAGAAAGGGAAUUACUCGUAGAGUUGAAGAUUCCAACCUCGGCUUCUGGGACCCACCACGUGAUGACGAUGCAAUGUCUUUACAAAGACCCAUCCACACAAGAAGUAGUGUACAGCCGAGAACAAGACAUCCUCAUUGCACGACCCACAGCCGUUGGAUCAUCCACUCCUAAGAUCGAACGGCUUAGAGACAUGUUCAUAACUACUCGCGCUGUGGCGGAAUCCAGGAGAUUGAUCGAGUACGAAGACCAUACGAGCGCUCAUCAUUUACUCGCCUCGGCGCGUGCAUUACUAAUCCAAUCCGGAUCACCGAGUUCUGACGUGUACGUGCGGGAGCUGGAAGUUGAGCUGGCGGAACUCCAUUGGCGAAGGCAACAACAAUUCGAAUUACAUCAGCAGCAGCAGCAGCAGCAGCUGCAGCAACAACAAGUUUUAGUGACAACAACGCCACGAAGGCGAGGGGGUGAUAAGGAAAAUCCGACCAUGGUGGAUGAAAACGGAGAGCCGUUAACACCGACGUCGGCGUGGAGGGCGGCGGAGAAGCUUGCCAGAGUGGCGAUUAUGAAAAAAUCGUUGACUAGUAGAGUGGGGGAUUUACACGGCUUUGAAAAUGCGAGAUUCUAGAAAUGGCAGAGGAUUGAUUGACUGACUGUGUAAAAUUUGGUUAAUUUUGGAAAAGGGUAAUGAGAAUUUGAAAAGGAAAGGUAAAAAGUAACGUACAGAAAUGGAUUUAUGAGGGGCAAAUUGGGGUUUUCCUCUUCCUCUCCAUCUUUUUCUUCUUCUUCUUCUUCUUCUUCUUUGUUCUUGUUCUUGAAAGCUCCAUUGAUUGGACUUUCUUCUGGUUUUCAUCAAUUCCACACAUACAACUCAGCUUUCUGUAGCUUUCUUUCAUGUUAGAAUAGAAGAGAAAUUGGAUUUCCAAA